AGACAAAUAAGGACGCAAAGAAUGUGUGUACUGAAGGUUCAAAGGAAAUGGAUGGAAGCACUAAGAAAUCAUCUGUCAUGGACCAAAAGGUAGAGAGUCCUGUACCAGCUCAGAAAUCUGGUUACCUAAAGUCACUACUCUUAAGGAUUUCUCGUAUAUGGCCUCUCAAAUAUGUGUUCAAGAUGCUUAAAAAGAUUGCAGUGUUUGCUGGCCUUUCAGAAGAAGUGGAAAAUGUGGGUAGUGCUGAUCCGCUGACGCCAAACAAACGCAGAUUUUUGAGUGGUAAGAAGAGGAUUGGUCGCUUGGCUAGGCUUAUUCUUCUGGUGACCCCCUACAGAAUACAGUAUGCAUUGGGCUAUCGCACUGGAGAAGGCAUAGGGAAGACCUCUGCUGACGACAUCAGGAAGUCUCCUCUGAAGCCUAGUGGAAAAGGCAGCAAAAGGAAACAGGAUGACUUGGAUAUAGAAGAGCAGCACAGCUGGGUAGCCUUCAUGGCUGAAGAUUUCCCUGAGGAAGACCAAGAAGAUGACCCUACGUAUGAGCCCAGUAAUACGGAGUCUGACUCUGAAGAAAAUAAGUCUGAUAAUGACACUGAAAGUGACCUGGAAGUAGAAGAGGAAGAAGAUGGCAAUGUGAGGCUAAAAGAGACUAUAAGGGGGGAAACUCAAGGCAGUGAAAAACAACAAAAUGCAUCAGAAAGCAAAGAGUCAAGCAAAGAUGGUGAAGACUCAGAACAGAAGAAUCCUGCCCCCACAGAUUGAUCUCCUCCUUGGACAUGAAGUAGCCACGUCUUUUGGAUUCAGUACUCUACCUCAAAACCUGCCUGUUCAGAAUGACUGUAACCCUACAUUAAUUUUCAUAAUGUUAAUAAAAUAUUUUUC